UCGAGGAGGCGGGGCCGAAAGUUCCUACCUACCGGAGUGGGGAAAAGGAGGAAAAAAAGGUGCCCACAUGAAGCAGGAGCGCUGGUGCAAGAUGACGGCCAGGAUGGGCACCACCUUGUCAGGGGUGUUCUCCAUCGUCUCGAGCCACAUGUACCUCAUGUUUGAGCACAAGCAUCUGAGCCAUGCUAACUGCACCAACCUGCAAAAACCUAACGACACCAUGUUCAAGUUCUUUAUCUGCUGGAGUUUUAGGAUCGUCCUCUUCCAGUCUCUCAUCACCAUGCUGGCCAGCUUUCUCCUCCUCUAUUCCGUGUACGCCCAGAUCUACAGGGGCCUCAUCGUCUACGCCGUCUGGAUCUUUUGCUAUGAGCUCACCAACUUCGUGGUGGAGAUCUCCAAGAAUGACUUGUGCAUGGAGGAGGUGAGAAUCAUGAGCUGGUUUGGCUGGGUGUCCCGCUCGGUCAUGCACUGCUUCUGGAUGCUGUACGUUGUCCCCUAUGCCUACGUCAUCUACAAAAGCCAGAAGCAGGGCAACAUACUUGCCUACAACCGGCGGGCUUCUACAGGGAGCUCGGAUGCUCCACGACGGAAAUCGAGAAUUCUGAACUUCGUCCACCACCACUGGGAUUAGUGUCGCCCUUUCCUUUCCCCUAGGUUCUCAGAAUUAGUCUUAGCUUUGGUUCCCUGCCACUCCUUACGUCUUCUUCCUUAGCCUUCAACGCACAGUGAUGCCUUCCAUUAUGUUCUGGAUAGUAAACCAAUAAA